ACCAGUCCCUUGUCCCGUUUUGAACCACCAGCCCACGCAUCAGACGCAGGAGUCCAAGCGCUGAUCGGCUGCCGAGGCAAUCAGGCAGGAUGGCGACGGGGAUGCCGUUUGGAAUGCAACCGCAAAUCAUCCUGCUCAAGGAGGGCACCGACACGAGCCAGGGCAAGCCGCAGCUGAUCAGCAACAUCAACGCCUGCUACGCCGUGGCCGACGUGGUGCGCACCACCCUGGGCCCGCGCGGCAUGGACAAGCUCAUGCACACCGAGCGCUCCGUCACGGUCAGCAACGACGGCGCCACCAUCAUGAAAACCCUGGACAUCGUGCACCCGGCAGCCAAGACCCUGGUGGACAUCUCGCUGGCGCAGGAUGCCGAGGUGGGGGACGGCACCACUACCGUGGUGCUGCUGGCGGCAGAGUUCCUCAAGGAGUGCAAGGCGUUUGUGGAGGAGGGGGUGCACCCGCAGGGCAUCAUCCGCAGCUACCGCCAGGCGGCGCAGCUGGCUGUGGACCAGGUGAAGAAGCUGGCGGUGGACAUUGGCGGCAAGGGCGCGGCGGAGCGGCGCGAGAUGCUGCAGAAGUGCGCGCAGACGUCGCUCAACAGCAAGCUGGUCAGCGGCGAGCGCGACUUCUUUGCGCAGGUGGUUGUGGAUGCGGUGAGCAAGCUGGACCCGGAGACGCUCGACCUGCGCAUGCUAGGCAUCAAGAAAGUGCAGGGCGGCGGCCUGCGCGACUCCUUCCUGGUGGACGGCGUGGCGUUCAAGAAGACCUUCAGCUACGCCGGGUUUGAGAUGCAGCCCAAGAAAUUCGAAGGUGGUGGCGGGAACCCUAAGAUCCUGCUGCUCAACAUCGAGCUGGAGCUGAAGAGCGAGAAGGAGAACGCCGAGGUGCGGCUGGACGACCCCUCCCAGUACCAGUCCAUCGUGGACGCAGAGUGGAACAUCAUCUACGAUAAGCUGGCCAAGUGCGCCGACAGCGGGGCGCGGGUGGUACUGUCGCGGUACGCCAUCGGUGACCUGGCCACCCAGUACUUUGCGGACCGAGACAUCUUCUGUGCAGGGCGGGUGGCUGAGGAAGACCUGCAGCGCGUGGCGUCAGCCACCGGCGCCCAGGUGCAGACCACAGUGAACAACCUGAGCCCCAAGGCGCUGGGCACGUGCGCGGUGUUUGAGGAGCGGCAAGUGGGGGCGGAGCGGUACAACAUGGUCACGGGCUGCCCCUCCGCGCACACCGCCACGCUGGUGCUGCGCGGCGGCUCCGACCAGUUCCUGGACGAGGCCGACCGCUCGCUGCACGACGCCAUCAUGAUUGUGCGGCGCGCGCUCAAGAGCCCGCAGGUGGUGCCGGGCGGCGGCGCGAUCGACAUGGAGCUGUCUCAGUACCUCAGGGACCACGCGCGCAGCAUCCCCGGCAAGAGCCAGCUCUUCAUCAACUCCUUUGCCCGUGCGCUGGAGGUCAUCCCGCGCCAGCUGGCAGACAACAGCGGCUUUGACGCCACGGAUGUGCUCAACAUGCUGCGGCAGAAGCAUGCGGCCAAGGACGGCAGCGGGCGCAACAUCGGCAUCGACGUCAACACAGGCGGCGUGGUGGACACGUAUGCGGCAUUUGUGUGGGAGCCCGCCGUGGUCAAGAUCAACGCCAUUACAGCUGCAGCAGAGGCAGCCUGCCUGGUGCUGUCGGUGGAUGAGACGGUCCGCAACCCACGGUCCGAGGGCGGCGACAUGAGCGGCGGCGGCAUGGGGCCCAUGCCCGGCCGCGGAGGCAUGGGCGGCCGCGGAGGCAUGGGCGGCCGCGGGCGUGGCCGCGGCAUGCGGCGAUGA